UGUACUGUGUACAAUACAUUGAAGGAAGAAACACCCCGGCUGAGGAAAAUGGCCGAUGUAGAGAUGGAUAUCGCGUCUAGCAGAAUGAAUAACGGAAACGAGCACGUGAAAGAAGAUUUGGAGAGCCAAGACAAGAGUGGGAGUGAGGAGGAGAGUGGUGAGAAUUCAGAAGAAGAAGAGCGGGAGGAGAAAGAAGUCGGGGAGGGGGAAGUAGAAACUAACGGUGAAAAGACAGCGAAGGUGUCCAAACAUCACAGCAGUGGCAGCAAACACAAGAAGAAGAAACACAAACACCGCAGCAAGCACAAAAAACACAAGCACCCGUCCGAAGAGGACAAGGACCGAAAGCGCAAACAUCGACACAAACACAAGAAACACAAACGUAAAGAUGGCUCCUCUUCUUCCGCCCCUGGCAUCAACAGCGCCUCCAGCCAGAGAAAGACUCACAUCUCCCCUUCAUCUGACGACAAGGCCUUAUUGGAGGAGUUGGAGAAACAGCGGGCCAUGAUUAAAGCUGAGCUGGACAGCCAGGUGAUGGAGGGGGGUAAGGUGCAGUCAGGCAUGGGCCUCAUCCUACAGGGUUAUAACUCUGGCUCUGAGGAGGGAGACGGAGAGGGCAGGGUCCGGAACGGGGAGCAGCGUCAAAAGGGCAGUAUGGGGAAACCCCCCUCCCCCAGGGGUAGGAGUGGUAAAGCCAGACGGGACUCCACAGAAGCCAGCAAGUCCAGCUCUAAGCGCCACAGUCGGAGCAAGUCCAAGGAGAGGACAGGCAAGGAAUCCAAGUCGGACAAAACAACCAAAGGCAGCAAAGAUGUGGCCGCCAAAGGCCGUGGCCGCAGCAAAUCAAAAGAGAGGAAGCGUUCCCAAAGCGGGGGCAGGUCCAAAGAGAGAAACAAGAAGUCUCCUUCCCCCUCCAGCAGGAGGGCAGAGCAGAGGAGCGGCCGCUCAGACAAACGCUCUUCGCCCCAGCCUGACGACAGACCAAACACGGAGCGUGGCAGCCGGAGGUCCAGAUCACGGGAGCGUCCAGGGCGGUCGGAGUCAGAAAGAGAGCGAGACAAGAGGCCGACAAAGUCACCUUCCAAGGAUGCUUCGUCAGGGAAAGAGAACCGCUCUCCCCACAGGCGAGGAGGAGGAGUGGCCAUUAGCCCCUCGAGGAGACGCAGCGCCUCCCCACGUCCCACCAGAGACUCCCAGCAGGCAUCUGCUUCAGCUUCCACCUCCAAACAGGGCUCUCCUUCCAGAUCAGCCAGGUCCCCAGCAAGGAGAGGCCGCAGUCGCUCCCCAGAUGCCAGGAGGAGGGAUGCUGACAGACAGGGCUCCUCACCACUCCGAAAGCGAAUACGCCCAGAAGCAGGGCCAGGGGGUAGAGCGAGGUCACGGGAGACCAGCCCCAGAGGUGCUCCCCAACGUCGCAGGAUGAGCCGCUCACCCUUCAGAAGAAGGUCCCCCUCGCCCUUCCGGAGACGGAGCAGGUCUCCAAUGAGACGCAGGUCGCCGGAAAGAGACAGAUACGGCCGUCUCAGACAGUACGGCCGGCGCUCCAACUCCCGGGACCGGGACAGGAGGAGGAGACAUGGCCGGGACGAGGACAAGUUCAAGGGCAGCCUCUCUGAGGGCAUGAAGGCCGACAAGGAGUCCUCCGAGGAGGAAGUGCUUGAGGACUUUGAUGGUGAGGAGGUGGAUGAAGAGGCCAUCAUAGAGCAGCGCCGGCAGCAGCGACUGGCUAUCGUCCAGAAAUACCGUGGCGGCAACGAGGACAGCAUGGCGUCCAUGGCGUCGGAGCCCAGCAGCCCGCAGAGCAGCACACGGAGCCGCUCGCCCUCGCCAGACGACAUCCUGGAGCGUGUGGCGGCCGACGUCAAGGAGUACGAGCUGGAGAAUCUGGACACGUUUGAGGAGAACAUCAAGGCCAAGCAAGGCCUCAUCACGCAGGAGAAGGAUGGACCCAAAAAGCCCUCGGCCCCUGAUAUGUUUACGGAGUCGGACGUCAUGUUUGAAGCAGCCAUUGAUAGUGCCAGGAUGAGAGCAGCAGGUGUUGGGGGGAAGGACUUCAAAGAGAACCCCAACCUCCGGGACAACUGGACCGAUGCAGAGGGUUACUACCGCGUGAACAUCGGGGAGACGCUGGACAAGCGUUACGACGUGUACGGUUACACAGGCCAGGGAAUGUUCAGCAACGUGAUCAGGGGCAGGGACACGGCCCGCGCCGGACAGGAUGUGGCCGUCAAGAUCAUCCGCAACAACGAGCUCAUGCAGAAGACUGGCCUGAAGGAGCUGGAGUUCCUCAAGAGGCUCAACGACGCCGACCCAGACGACAAGUUCCACUGCUUGCGCCUCUUCAGACACUUCUACCACAAGCAGCACCUGUGUCUGGUGUUCGAGCCCCUCAGUAUGAACCUGCGCGAGGUGCUGAAGAAGUACGGUAAGGACGUGGGCCUUCACAUCAAGGCUGUCCGCUCCUACACCCAGCAGCUCUUCCUGGCACUCAAACUCCUCAAACGUUGCAGCAUCCUCCACGCUGACAUCAAGCCUGACAACAUCCUGGUGAACGAGUCGAAGACCAUCUUGAAACUCUGCGAUUUUGGCUCGGCGUCCCAUGUUGCAGACAAUGACAUCACGCCGUACCUCGUCAGCAGAUUCUACAGAGCUCCAGAAAUCAUCAUUGGGAAGCCGUACGACUACAGCAUAGACAUGUGGUCAGUGGGCUGCACGCUGUACGAACUCUACACCGGCAAGAUCCUUUUCCCUGGCUCCUCCAACAACCACAUGAUCAAACUGGCCAUGGACCUCAAGGGCAAGAUGCCCAACAAGAUGAUCCGGAAAGGCCUGUUCAAAGACCAGCACUUUGAUCAGAACCUCAACUUCCUCUACAUUGAAGUAGACAAAGUGACCGAAAGGGAGAAGGUAACCGUGAUGAGCACAAUCAACCCCACCAAGGACCUGCUGUGUGACAUGGUGGGUGGCCAGCGGCUGCCCGAGGAGCAGAGGAAGAAGGUCCUAGUCCUAAAAGACCUGAUCGACGGCACGUUGAUGCUGGACCCUGCCAAACGCAUUAGCAUCAACCAGGCCCUGCAGCACCCCUUCAUCCAGGAGAAGAUCUGAACUCAGACCAGUCCAACAAUCAACCAGGCCCUGCAGCUCCCCUUGAUCCAGGAGAAGAUCUGAACUCAGACCAGCCCAACCAUCAACCAGGCCCUGCAGCUCCCCUUGAUCCAGGAGAAGAUCUGAACUCAGACCAGCCCAACCAUCAACCAGGCCCUGUAGCACCCCUUGAUCCAGGAGAAGAUCUGAACUCAGACCAGCCCAACCAUCAGCCAGGCCCUGCAGCACCCCCUUCAUCCAGGAGAAGAUCUGACCUCAAACCAGCCCAACCAUCAACCAGACCAGCCUUGCCAGGUAGAAAUACAAGACGCCCCAUUGAGAAUGUUAUGGAUAAAUUGUUUCCCCUAUUUUGAUUAUGAUGGGUACGAUAACCUGGUAUGUUUUAAUUGUAAAUAAGUAAAAUAGACAUUCAUGAAGAAGAAAAAAUAAUUUUGAUUUAUCAUAAACCCCACCCCCCUCCGGCAGUGAUGCAGCAGUUAUGGACUAUUUCUAUUUAGCUGGCAUUGAAGUGAAUGACAUUAAAAUAAUAAAAUUAUUGUAAACAUGUCUAAUGCAUUGUCGAAGUAUCUGAGUGUAGGUCGGUUUAGAAAUGUGUGUUGUGUACUAGUCGCAUCAAGGAGAUGCAUCAUCUUCAACGGUAAAAAUUUUAAUGAUCACCAACAUUGCUCAUUCUGCGACUGUGCAUGCUUUUGAAUGUGCACCCCUUCGUUGUGCUCUAGAUGUGUCUAGCAUAAGCCUGUGUACUGUUAAUGCUCUCUGUAACCAGGUUUCCAGCCAACCUUUUUAUGCGAGGAAAGUACACGUUAGAUACAAAAAUGUCAAGACAGGCCGCCUGAUGGAAACGGCACGUUUUGUUGGUGAACUUUCCAAAAUGUCUGCAAAAUAAAACACCAGACAGGGUGGGAUGUUUUUGUCAGUAAAAUUCAUUACGCGAGAAAUGGCAGAAACGUUUUUGUUUGAUGCUCCUUUCCUAAUAAAUAUAGAGGGUCUUAUUCUGGUGACAUGAUUGAUGCUUGACUGCCGUUUGACAAAUACAAAUAAUCUCACUUUUAUCCAUAAUAAUCUCAUGUCGGUAGCCUAACCGCACUGUAUCUGCAAGCUGUUGGCUAAAGCACAUGUACUAAGACCAGAGCGGGUACUUUCUAUAUAUAAAGCAACUUUUGUUGUGCCGAAAACCAUCUGUGGAGUUGAAAAUGUGAUGGAAACCAAUUGAACUUAUUCUGUACAUUUAAAUGAACUGCGCUACACCACGUUCAGCCUUUUAUCUGUCAUUUUGAUGGAAAUAUCUCUGGUGGGGAAAUGUGCAUAUUGUUUUUGUGGAUUUUAGAAUAUUCACCAAUUGGAUGGUAACCUAGUGUGUGUGCGUAGCAGCAUUGAUGUCCCACAUGAUGGCACCACAAACCCCAUUUCACAGGUCCCAGGCCUGUGCUUAAGGAAUGGACUCAACAGUAGUACUGUACUCCCCUCGAACAAUAAGACCGUUCCAUUUCAAGGUCGGUCAUUGUGUUAUUUUACAGAACAGAGCAGCCCCACUGACUCCAACGGUUUCACAUAUUUCCUCCUCUCUCUCUGACACGGUCCUGGCUAUAGGCUCUCAGAUUUAAGUGCCUCCUGUAUGAGCCUUAUGUGUAGAACACAGAACAAUGCCGGCCUGUGAAAGCCACCACCUCGUUCUCCUCCCAUGUUGUAUAUAUUCCAUUGUUGCCACAGUCUUUCUCCAUGUUAAAGAUUUUCAUGUUUGAUUUGUUUCUUUUCUCAUUGAGGGAAAAAAUAUUGUGAUUUAAGCAAAGAACUGAGAUGUGAAAGAGCACCUUCAGUGCACCACCACUUUUAGUAAUAAAAUAUUUCCUAUUCAA